UCCGGAAGGAAGAAAAAUAAAAUAAUCAACUGCGAAAAUGGUCGCUUUAGACAAGCCACCUGUCGAUGUCGUGUUUGUUGUUGAAGGCACCGCCAAUCUUGGUGCUUAUAUCGACGAUCUGAAGACAAACUAUAUCUUGCCAACAUUAGAGAAGUUUAAUGGCGGACCACCAGAUCCUAUUGACUAUGGCCAUGAUUACAGCUGUACCCUCUACAACCUGGUCACGUUUUUCUCUGCUGACAUUGCACCAGACUCUGCCACCAGAUGCUCCGAUCUGACAACCAGCACCCACCAGUUUCUCUCAUGGCUCGACAGUGUCAAAUUUAUAGGAGGGUGUGGAGAAUGUCACAGUCACAUAUCGGAGGGGCUACGCACAGCGCUACAUGUGUUUGAUGACAUUAAAGAAAAGAGAAACAAUGAAAGGUUAUCUCCGGAACGUCACUGUAUUCUGAUCUGCAACUCCCCGCCCUACCCUUUGCCCAGCAUGGAGGGAUGUAAAUACACAGGCUACUACAGCGAUCAGCUGGCAAACAUGCUUGCAAAAAGAGAUAUCAACCUGUCAAUAAUUUCACCAAGAAAAAUACCUGCCCUGCAGAAGUUAUAUGAAGCAUCAAGCACAGCUGAGGUUCCCAUACAGACCAAAGACUUCUCCGUUGAUCUACAUCAUCUUAUCCUAUUACAUGGUUUUGAGUUGGAGGAAAGAUCUCACACGCCUGUACAAGGAGAUGAGGAAUAUGUCAAAAACCCACUAGUGAGUCAUUCCCCAGCCCCACCCCCAGUCCCCCCUGGAGAGUUUAAAGUGCCAACAACAGCCCCAUCAGCCAUGCCAACACAGCCCUCCCCCCAGCCCCUACAACCACAAGCAGCCCAAGUUCAACAGAAACCACCAGUACCAUUCCAGCAACCCCAUCAACAGAGACCACUAUUACAACAACAACAACAACAGCAGCAACAGCAGCAACAACAACAGCAACAACAACAGCAACAAUCCAUGCCUGGGAAUCAGCAACAACAACAACAACAACAGCAGCAGCAAGUGCAACAAAUGCAGCCACAACAACAGAGGCAAGCCAACCAGAUGAUUCGGCCGCCGGGGAACAUGCCAAUAAGCCAGCCCCAGUCUCAGCAGUCUCAACAGAUGCCAUUCAGCAGCGGCGUGCGAGUCUCAAUGUCUAACUCACCAGUUAACACAGCUACAAGCCAUGCGGGCAUGGGUGACUUCCGGACCAUGACCAGUGCCAAUCAGUCCAUGCAGGAUCAAAUGAAUCCCAAGCAAAUGAGCCUAAACUCAUGGCCUGGGCAAAACCCGGCCUCAACAACACAAGCGAUGAACCCUAUGAACGCUAUAAGCACCGUCAGUGGCAUGCAAGGUCUUCAACAGCAGGUGCCCAUUUCCACUAUGCCAAUUCCAAAUACCAUGGGUAGUGUCCCCGGGAUGCAGAACUCAAUACCCGGGCUCCCCAACAACCCAGGAAUGCCUAACCAGGUGGGAGGGGCUCCCGUGAUACCCGGACCUGACCAGGCCAACAGCAGUCUACAGAAUAGAAACAUUAUAUGGAAAGGUCAAUUGGAAUGGCAAGAUAAGAAGACUGUUAUGCCAGGACCGGGAACCAGAAUCACCCGCAGUCUCGGAUGUAUGGUGUCCAUAGCGAGGACAGACCAGGAAAUUUCAACAACUAGCUGGCCUAGUAACCUGAUCAUGCAGCUGAUGCCACAGACCCUGCUUAACUCUAGUCAGCUCCACCCAUUGUUCAAGAACAGUCGUCAAGUGGCCUUCCACUUCCACAACACAAACCUGGAGGACCUGAAGAAUCUCUAUAAAGUCAUGGGCAGUGGGUUUGCUGGCUGUGUACAUUUCCCUCCCAACACUGCGUGUGACAUCCGAGUACUUCUCCUGCUGUUCAGCAACAAGCGACGUCAGUUUGUCGGCCUUAUACCCAACGACCAAGGUGGCGUGGUUAAUGGGAUCAGACAGGUCAUCACACAGCACAAACAGAGGAUGCAGCAGCCCGGUGGACCAGGUCAGCAAGCAAUGGGCGGAGCUAUGCCAGGGCCCAUGCCACAAACCAUGGUAGGGGGAAUGAUGCCCGGAGGACCGGGGCCUAACCAGAUGGGUCCUGGGAUGGGAAUGCAGCCAGGACCACGGAUGGGCCUGGACGAUAAUAUGGGAAUGAAUCAGAAAGUUCGCCAGCAGAUGCUAGAUGAGAUGUAUUACGGCCCUCCGCAAACACUAUACUCUGCUCAGCAGCAGCAAUUGCAACAGCGACAACAGCUACAAAUGCAGCAACAACAGCAGCAACAACAGCAGCAGCAGCUUAGACAUCUCCUUAUGAAUCAGCAACGACAGCAGCAACAACAACAGAUGAUGAUGCAGGGUCAGGGUGGUGCUGGCAAUAUGAUGGGUGGGGCGUCACAAGGGAUGCCGAGCCAGGGGAUGGGAGGGGCCACACAAGGGAUGCCCAUGUCCCAGGGCAUGGCUGGGGGGCCCCAGAUGGGAGCACAACAACAAAACUUUAAUCCCGAUGAUUUUGACCUGACCAUGUGAAACGGAACAAAGAAAGGAAACAGAUUAAGUGCUGACUCGACCCAACCUGCAAUAGUUUUGAAUAAACAAGAUGUAAAAUAAGUCAAUUCGGACCCAAUGGUUGAAUAUUUUGAAAACCUGGGCUCAAUUUGUUUUUAUUUUGAGUUGUAAAUAAGUCAUAAAGGGGGGAAAACAUAUGGUUCCAAUGUGGAAAAACUGGGCCCAGCAAUUAUUUGAUGAACUGAAGUGUUUAUGAAGAGUGUUUAAAUCAAUGUUUAAAUGCUGGUGCAGUAUUUUUGAAGGAUUUGAUCUCUUGUGCAACAGUUUGUAUGAUAACAUGAAAAAUUGUACCGACACCCAAGUUGUAGCGUUACAAAGUCAAACCUUAUUUUGUUGAGAAGUCAUCCCAUGAAUGUGCUACUUAGUGAAACAUUACUGAAGCUACAAGUAUACUAAUGUGCUAUGGAUUACCAGGUUUAGAAAGUCCAAAAAUGUGACUAAUUGCCUCUGAUUUGGUUGUAUUGUAGCAUGCAAUAGCAUCUUAUCACUAUGUACAUGGGUGACAUCUCUACAUCUAGCUUGACUUCACUGUGGUACAACUUGGUGUUAGUACCAUAUAUGUGUGAAAUCUGCUUAAUGGGACUAACAACGUACAUGAGGCCGAGAGGGAGAACUAAUAAAAUAAUCAAAUGUUUGUGAUUGGAUGACAGUCCUCUUAGCUCUCAAGUAUUUAUAAACAAGUAUUGUGAUUGUGCAAUGUUUGCAACAUUUCAUGACUGACUGAAGGUUACAAUGUCAUUAACAAUAGUAUAAUAGUAGUAAGAGAAAUAUCCCAGAGAUUGUUUUUCUUCUACAUCUAAAAUAAAUGGUGUAUACACAAGUUUCACUGUUAGAUGCACAAUUUCUAUGUUCAUAACUGAGGCACACUUCUAAAAGCCCUGAUUAAAUCUUUUUAUAAAUUAACUUGUUUGGAAGCCUUAUCUGUGUCCAUUGAUUUAUAAAACUAUAUAUGGAUACAGUUGAAACAUGUUGGCUCGAUAUCGCUUGGCACGAACAGGAUGUAAAGGACCAAUUUUAUUGUAGUUGUAAGCAUUCCCACCCGGCUCGAUAUUCGCGAGGCUCAAAGUAUUUUGGCUGGUCCUUGGGAUAUUGAGCCAACAGGUUUUCGACUGUAAAUCAACUAUGACAUAUUUGUUUUUGUUACGGUUGAAAUACAGCUUAUUCAUAAGACUGCAACUUUUUUGUCACCAAACAGGGAUAUUUCUCUUAAAGCAUACGAGACUCGCAUUUAUUAGUUGAUGUAAGUUUACAUCUUAAUCAUUUGUAGUAGAUCUGACCAUGUUACGGUGCUUUGAACUUGCAUGUGUUGUUUUGGCUUUAAUGAAGCCAGCCAUUCAGAUAUGACAAACUGUUGUUAUAGUCUGCAUGCCAUCUUUCUGCCAUUGUUAGAUAAACUCUAUAUUAACCAGAAUGAUUUCAUUACAUGAAUACCUGGUUGUAUUUUAUACAAAAAACAACAUUUUUAAAUAACUCUUUAUCAGAUUUGUUCCAAUUUAUAAGGUCUUUAUCACAAAGUAUUUGAAGGCGUGAUUAUUUUGUGUAUAAACAAAUUACACAGCUUUAUGAUAGGUCUGUUGUUAAAGAACUUUUUUGUUAAAAUUAUUAAUGUCUGUAGUUAAACUGUAACAUUGAACUUGAAUUUCUAUUUCAUAUUUUGUGCCUCAAGUGCUUGGUGAUUGUUUACUGCCGUGCAGUUCAUAUUCAUAUAAUACUUACUUCACCCGCUACCUGAGGUAAUUGAAGUUAUACACAAGCAUGUGUUGUUUAAUUUCAAGCAGGAAGGUUGUGGGUGAAGUAACUGCCUUGUACCAUGUUCUCAAGAAUGACAUUUGAUAACUAGUUUGCCUAUAAGUGAAUAGUAUUUAAUUUAUCCGUGUUCUAUUUAUAGCAUGGUUCAGUUCCACCCAAUUUUUUACAGUUGCAUUAUGGGAGUAAAUGUAUUUACUUAAACAAAGAAAAACACUCUCAACUUGGAACUGAUGUUAUUGCAUGAAAUGUAUGUUGUUUACAGAAUAUGUUUGUUAAUUAAAGGGAAUCAAUUCUUAAAUUUUCAAAGAUUUUCAUAUUAAUAUAUUUUGUCAUACAAAUAUCUUUUUGAAAGGAGUUGUUGUUUAGGCAUAAAAUGGCUGCAUGGUUAAGUGUCUAUUUGAAUUGAUACAUUUAUAAGCAUUGAGCAUGGAUAUUUGUAUUUGAUGAACAAAUGAGAUUGCAAUGUCAUCAAGCUAUUGGUUAUUAUGUUAAUGUUUUGAUGCCUGGUGACCCCAUAUACAGUACACUCAACGAGUUAGACCCACUUUCCUCGCUCACUCCGAGGGAUAAAGUCAAUGAUCGCGGGUUUCCUCAGAGGGUAAAACUGUUGCCCUCGCUAAAAUCCCCCCGAGUUCCUCCGAGUGGCUGGCUUACCGCCGAGUUUAAUAUGAACGAUAGCGUUGAGAAUCGUCCGAUUUUAUGAUCCCGUGGCGGAACUCUGAGUCUUAUCAGAUAAGCGAGAAAUCAUUCUUGUUUAGAAGUUAUUUAUUUUUAUGCUUAUGCACAUUGUUAAGCGUAAAAGAUACUUACAUGUACCAACGUUUAAUUUUUAUUUAUGUCCGUAAACGCCAAUUGAAUAUUGUCUUGAAUUAUAAACAUUGAAUCAUUAAAGUAUAUCCACUAAGUUAUUGCAUCAUAAAGCAGCCGACUAUUUACACGUUUCUGAACCAUGACCUCUGACGUCAAGCACGUGAUCAAUACCAUGUAGAAUAUACUAUUUAUUAUUGGUGGUUAAAAUUAGCUAUGACGUUUCAUGGAAUUUUCCACAGAAAACGAGGCAAGAAGGCCUCCAAAACCAUGCGCUCUGAACUUUAAACGCAUGUUUGACCUCCUGAUUUUCCGAAAAUGUGUCACCUAGAAUUUCUCGGAAGAAUUGUGUUUAUCAGUCUUUAGCAAAAACACGUUUAUAAGAUGCAUGUGCAACUAGUGAAAUACGACUGCAUUCUUGUGGUAAGCUAACUUCAUGCAAAACGGGCAGAGGAAUAAGAAUAAUAGCAAUUUACUGAAGCCGUCGUAAUCUGUUGAAAAUUUUAAUAAAUUUAAUAUAACUUUAGCGUAGAUUUUUAUCUAGUGUCUGGAGAGUUUGGCAGAGUUAACCCCUCCGAGGAACGCCGAGUUCGUUAUUCUUCGGUCGACUUAUCACCCUCCGAGGGCCUUAAAUUCAACUUCCGAGCAACGCGGACAGUCGAUAAAAUCAUUGUGUUGGUCGCGGUAGCAAAAAUCCGCAGAGGGAAACGGAAAGUGGGUCUAACUCGUUGAGUGUACUGUAACUGUAGUGAAAUUUGAAUGGGUAUUGCAAACUGAUGACAUUAAUGUUAAAUAAAAGUCCGAAAAUCCAUCACUAAAAAGGUUAUUGCAGUUUGAAUUUUUUAUUUUAUUUCAGCUAAAAUCAGGCUUGAAAUUAUCUUGUUUUUUCAAGCUUACAAGUCUUCAAAGGUUGUUUGUAUUGUAUUUUCGGUAUGAUUUUAACAUAUUGUUUCUCUUUACGUCAAACCCUUUCAAAUGAUAUUAAAAUAAUAUGGAUUCCCCUGGCAUCCCAAAUUCAUAUAAUUGUACGUGGAUUACGAUUCAGUGUUUAAUCUUGCCAAGUUAUUGCGUCUGUCAUUUUCUGUCUGUGUUUUCAAAGAAAAAAGUUGAGGUAUUGUGACAGCCAUGGUGUUGUCUGCUUCCUUGGUCUGCGUCCUAGUGCAAAAACCUUUUAAAGUGACACUCUUACUCAAAAUCAAUACAUACACAUGUAUAACAAACAUACAUUUUGAGUUAUAAACCUUUAACUACUUACUAAAUAAUGCAUUUAUGGAAAUUGUUAAUUUCUGAUAACAAGAUUGUAACCGUGUAUUUAAUAGCUGAAUAAGCAAAAAUAUUAAAUGAUUGGUGAAUGCUAAAAGAUUUACUGCAAUCUACUUUCUUCUUAUAAGGUAGAAAUACCAUGUUUUCUGCACCUUUCUACCAAAUUAACCUUGGUAUCCUUCAUAAAAACCAUUGAUUUCAAGAUUUUUUAUCAUUUUUGGUAUAUUAAAACAAUUGUAUUAAAUGUGGUGUAAAGCUUAUAAGGGAGUAAAAGUGCAUCUUUAACAUUGGCCAUAAUUAAGAAACCGUUCAAGAUAUUCUAAUGAAAUUUGGUAUACAUGACACUGGAGCCAAUUCACUCAUGUGAAAUAAGGCCAAUAACUCUGGCUUUAAUCAUUCUCCAGUUAUGCCCCUUGGUGACUAAACAAAGCAGAUGAGUGUUGACGUCUGCUCAGCAGGACGUCUGCUCAGCGGGAGUUCACUCAUUAUUGGCACAAUAUAAGGAGGAAGCUUUACAAUUCUUGUUUUGUGCCAGUUGAUUAAUAUCAAAAAUGCUUUUUGUAAAAAAUCAUUUUUCAGCCAUAUGUUAAAAAGUUCAUGUUUUGGAAAGCAGAAAAUGUGCAAUUUAUUUUUAUUUGAAAAUGUGACUUCUUGUCUCCUAAAUAAAUGUAUUUAUUUAUGACCAAAACUAGAUACAUAAUUUAUGCAUAGAUGAUAUUUUCGAUGAAAUAUACUUUUUGUAAGCAUUUUCAUUAUUUUGUCCACAUAUUUUUCAUUUUUGAGAUCAUUUUUUUAUCAUGAUUGUUUUUACUGUUACGUGCUUGCAUGAAUUUGAUCAAAUGAAACUAAAACAUC